AUGGCGUCCUCCAACGGGGUAUCACCGCUUAUGCCGCGGUCGCCAUCCAACAUUAACGCAAACAUGUCACCGUCCAGAGCGAAAUCUCUUACAAUGAGAAAGUCAAUAUCUAAGCCCCCAACAGCGCUGUCAUCACACCAUCAGAAACCUCCCCCUGAUUUUGACAUGGCUGAACAGAUGAAUGAAGAGAUCAGCAACAAGUAUGUCAAAGGCAAAAAGCUCGGCGAGGGUACUUACGCCAUUGUCUACAAGGGCCAUCUUAGAUCAGAUCCGCAUCACGCAGUCGCAAUCAAGAAGUUCAAGGUGGAUCCUUCACAACAGAGGGAAGGACUGAAUGUCGAUACCAUUCGUGAAAUCAAAUAUCUGCAGGAAAUCUCUCACCCAAGCAUCGUCGCCUUGCUCGAUGUAUUUUCCUCUAAAGACCAGAAUAUCAACAUGGUCAUCGAGUACUUCCCGAACGGUAACCUCGAAGAGCUCAUCAGAGACAAGACUGUCAGCUACGGCGCUGCUGACGUCAAAGCAUGGAUGGGAAUGCUGUGUCGAGCCAUCUACUUCUGCCACUCAAACUUCGUCCUUCAUCGAGAUAUCAAACCAAACAACUUGCUCAUCGCUGCCGAUGGUGAGGUCAAGCUCGCAGAUUUUGGUCUUGCUCGGUCAUUUGGUGACCCGAGAUAUCAGAUGACCUCUGCAGUCAUCACUCUAUGGUAUCGGCCUCCAGAACUCUUGUUCGGAGCCAGACAGUACGGUGGAGCGGUCGACAUGUGGAGUAUCGGCAUGGUCUUUGCUGAGUUGCUCAUACGUCGGCCCUACGCUGCCGCAGACGUGGCGAACCAGGAAGUACUUGCCACUGGUGGAGGAACCGUCGCUCAGCUGGACAAGAUAUGUGAAGCGGUCGGGACGCCAAAUGAAGACAAUUGGCCAGGGGUCUCCAAGCUGAGGGAUUACUUUGAUCUGGAGAAGAAGAUUCCUGUCCGGGAUAAAUCCUUCUACAUGCAGAUGUUCCCAACUGCAGGAUCGGUCGGCGUUGAUCUGCUCAUGGCAAUGUUGAAACUGGAUCCACGGAAAAGAGUCACUGCAAGAGGAGCUUUGGAACAUGAGUGGUGGACGGUAGAUCCAAGACCGACUGAGAAGGAACAUCUACCCAAGCAAGGCGGCGGUGCUUCCAUGAUGGCCGCUGCCGAAGCCUCUGCGCCAGGAGCCGUGAAUGAUGAGAACAAGUACAAAGGCGUCGCGAAGAAGCUUGAUUUCGGUGGUGCACGGAAGUGA